UUUCCUGAAUUUUUUACUCAUUUUCACCUCAUCAACGAGCCCACAAUGUACAAAACUUGAAACUUUCUUCUCGUUUCAAGUUUGAUUGAAAUAGAUUUAUCAAUCCCUGCAUUUUCCCUGAACCUAGUCAUUCCAAGCCAUCUGGGUACAAAUCUGAGCUACUUAAAGCGUUUAAUCUAAUUAAUCGCCUGCCACUUAACAGUGAACAUUGUCAGUGUCAACAUUAUUCCAUAAAAGUGCAAAUGAAAAAGUGAAAAUGAAGUUACUUGAAUACAUUCGAGUCAACAAGUACAAAAUAUUCAAAACAAUUUUAACAUAUAUAACCUUUGCCGGUCUAGGUGGAACCAAUACUUUGGUUGGAAGUUCACUGCUUGAUCUUCAAAUUCGUGUUCAACGAUCUUUCGAUGCAACUUCCAGGCUUGUCCAGGCCCGUUCCAUUGGCUAUGUUAUCGGAGCUUCUUCAUGUGGCUUCCUAGGUGAACGUAUCAACAACUAUCUGGCCCUUUCACUGGCUGAUUUGGUUGCCGGCCUUUUCCUCAUCAUUGCUCCUUGGUUCAAGAUACUUGAAGUCAUCAUUACUUGUAUUGUAGCUUCUGGUUUCGCUCAAGGAAUUUUGGACAUUUAUUGUAAUGUAAUCAUUUUGCGAAUCUGGGGUGUUAAAGGAAUCAACUGGCUUCAAGUUUUGCACAUGAGCUUUGGUUUUGGCGCUUUAAUUACACCCAUUUUCACGAGGCCUUUUCUCCUUCCAAAUACUGGCGAGUCGAGUGAUUCCGAGUUGAUAAAUGCAACUUCAACUUUUACUGGCAACGAAACCAUUUCCUCUUCAAAUAAUUACAUUGGCGGCUAUUCACCAGACGAAGUAAAGGUUCAAUAUUCUUUCCUCAUUUUAGGCGGUAUUUUGGUCAUUGUUUCAAUUCCAAUUUUUUUCUGUUACCUUUACGAAAGAAAACUGGGAACUGAGCAAGGUAAUGAGGAAGACAAGAAAACUGAUGCUCAUGAAGGUGAAACCGGCAAGAUUAAAAAAUUUAUUGCAACAUUUAUGGUCGCAAUCCUGGCAAACCUCACUUUUGGUUCUGAAGCAGCAAUUGGUAACUUGUGCACUGCAUUUGCCGUCAAGGCUGACCUUAAAAUGGAAAAGCAAACUGCCGUUCUUUUGGCCACAGUUUAUUGGACAACCUUUUCCUUUUAUCGUCUAAUUUUCAUUCCACUUACCCUGUUGAUCAAAGAGAGUCGACUGUUUUAUUUCAAUUUACUGAUUAUACUUGCCGGUGUUGUCGCUCUGGUGCCAAAUGCUGCCUCCAAAGCCAUUUUUGCGUGGAUUGCUUUCGUUUUGCUUGGAAUUGGCUACUCACCAUGCUUCUCAAUAUCUUUUGCUUCACUGGAAAAAUAUUUUCACAUGUCAAACUCGAUCACAUCUUUUAUUCUGGUUUGUGGUACUUUGGGUGAAACGGUUCACACUGCCGUCCUAUCCAUUUAUAUUGACAGGCAGCCCAUCAUUUUCGUCUACUACAUUGGUGUCAUGUCACUAGUCUAUGUAGCAGUCAGUGUGAUAUUGCCCUACUAUUUGCGGAAAAUGUGUUCAAAACGGGUUGAAAAUUCGAUUGGGAAUAAAAGAAAUCUUGAAAUGGAAAAAUAUUGAUAAAUUUUAAAGACGCUAAUGGGUUAAAAACACAUUUGGAAAUUGAUGGGUCUUUUUAAAUACAGUUGAGCCAAUUAUUAGAAUGUACAUUUGUAUAAAAAAGUCUGUAAAGUCAAUUUAAUUGUUAAAUGAAA